AUGUGGCAACUUCGGUCACCUUCUCUUCUUCACGCUGCAAGUGUUUUACUUGCCUCCUAUCAUGUUGUCACCACAAUUGUAAAUGACGUGGUCUCUAUAAAUGAUGCUGUAACCUACUUUUUGAUUGCCAUAAUGGUUUUACUUCUGAUAGCGCCCUUUGCAAUUCCUAUAAAAAUGACACUAUUUCCUUCUAAUUCCAAGUGCAACGUUUCAUUGGUUGGUUCUUUAGAUAAUUUGGCAUCGGAGAGUGACAUUUCGACGCAGACAAGUCCAUUGCUAACACCAUCUUCUUCAGCUGCUAUUCUUGAAAGUUUUCAUGAAAGGGGUGAUGUCUCGAAUGUUGAGAUGCUCAUUGCAGAAGGACAAGGAGUAGUGAUGCAGAAAAGGAGACCUAAGAGGGGAGAUGAUUUCAAGUUCCGUGAAGCUUUCAUCAAAGCAGACUUCUGGCUUUGUUGGUUUGCUUAUUUCCUUGGGGCUGGCUCAGGAGUAACGGUUCUCAAUAAUUUGGCUCAAAUUGGAGUUGCCUUAGGUGUAGAAGAUACAACCAUAUUAUUGUCAGUCUUCAGCUUCUGCAUAUUUAUUGGCCGCCUUGGCGCUGGUGUUAUAUAUGCGGCGGCUAAGAACACCCUUUUUGAAACUUCUUUAAAUGGAUAUGGUCGUCCGUUCACGGAUAUCGACAUCCGUUUCAGGUCCAAACGGAUGUGUGACAUCUGUUUAUGCCUGCGUCUUCUUCCUCCGCACUCAGACAACCUCAAACACAAAAAAAAGAAACCAGGCACACAAAGCAACACAUAAAUACUAUAUUACAUACAUUUAAAAAAAAA